UUAGGGUGCACACCGGAAGUGAGCGCGGGUUGUCUCUGAACAGCUCUGGACAGACAUAGCGUGUUUGCUAGCUAGUUGCAACACAGGCUCAACAAUGUUUUUCUUAACACGGCAAACGAAACACCGCUCGUGGAUAUGCUGUUUUUUUCUGGCGGUAUAUUUAACUUCGCCGCCGGUCUCGGCAAAACGUGACAGCCUCAGAGAAGUGACGGACGGGGCGUGGGAGGAGAUCCUGACCGGAGAAUGGAUGAUUGAAUUCUACGCACCCUGGUGUCCAGCAUGUCAGCAGCUCCAGGUGGUGUGGAAGGAGUUCGCGGACUGGGGGGAGGACAUGGGGGUCAACAUCGCCAAGGUGGACGUGACUGAACAACCCGGUCUGAGCGGGCGAUUCAUCAUUACUUCACUUCCUACCAUUUACCACUGUAAAGAUGGCGUCUUCAGGAAGUACCAGGGAGCUCGCACUAAAGACGACUUCCUCGGCUUUGUCGAUGAGCAGAAAUGGAAAGCGGUCGAGCCGAUUUCAUCUUGGUUUGGGCCAUCUUCGGUUCUAAUGAAUUCAAUGUCUGCUCUGUUCAAGCUCUCCAUGUUUAUCCGGCGUUGUCAUAACUACAUGACGGAGCAGCUGGGGAUUCCUGUUUGGGGGUCUUACGUUAUCUUUGGCUUGGCCACUCUGUUCUCUGGCCUGGCUCUGGGACUGUUACUGGUGUUCAUAGCAGAUUUUGCCUUCCCCUCACGACGCUUUUCCUCUUCAGAUUACUACCAGAAAAAACAGACAAUGGAGCAGGCGAGGUUAAUCCAACGACAAGAGGACGAGCAGGAGGCUGACGGCGAGGCUGACGGCGAGGAAGACGACGAUGAAGACGACGACGAGGAGGACGACGAGGUCUGGAGGCGGAGGAGGAGAGGGUCCCCAGAGGGCCGCCCAGAACCUAAGGGACAGGGUUUCGACGAAGCUCUGAGGAAGAGGGUGGUGGGCAACCGUGAGCAGCAGCAGCAGCAGGAGGAGGAUGAGGAGGAUGAGGAGGACACCUAGAGAGUCACAUGGUUCCUACUCCUUUGAGAAGAGCAUCAUGGAGUCAGCAGAGUGGGAGGAGCUUUGGUCCCGAGCAGCAGCAGCAGUGUUUACAGCAGGGAGCCUUUAAACCCCCUCCUCCUCACCUCCCCUUCUCCUCCUCUGGGCCCCCAGAAACAGCUCGCUUCUUUUCUUCUUCCUCCCUUGUUUUUUAACAGGAGCGCUUUAGACUCUCUCUCCGUCUGAGCAGCAGAGCUCCACCUGGAAAAAGCAAAACAAGUAAAACACUCCUGACACCUGUUUCCACUUGUGGUGACAAAUCGCCCGGCUGAGGUUUAGGUAUGAAGUGCAGUAGAGCUGGAUUUUGCAAUGUUGUUUAUGCUAUGCAUCAUUUUUUUAAGAUAUGUGUUUAUUAUAUGUUAAUCUCAGAAUUAUUAUACCAAGCUUGUGUUUAAGUUUUUUUUGUUAAAUGUUAUUACUUCACAGCUCAUGUAUACAUGUUAUUUUAUGUUUGUUGUAUAUUUUACAAACCCUUACAGUUCAACCCAACGUACCAGUGUCCUCCCACCGUUCCUCAUUUCAGUGUGUAAUCGAGGAAGGCGUGAAAAAGAAAACGUCUCCAAGUGUUUGUUUUGUGACACCCGUGGUUAACAGCAAGCCCACAAACUGUUGCAUUACUACCUGAUAUACUUAAGACUGAUCCGGUAGUGAAACAUGAAAAACAAAAUGCAUUUUUCUUCAACAAUAGCUGUCAGACGAACACAUUGCAUCUCAGCACCUGUGACUCCUCCACAAUAAAGCCACCCUGACUUUCUCCACUUGAAUGCUUUCAAUGUGAAGUCACGGCAGUAGGACAGCAACUGAAUACAGCUCAGAUGUAGGAGAAUAAGCAGCGAGGCUGAUAUCAAUGAAGGCAAUUUAAAUCCAGUGCGGUAAUGGCGGACUCCGCCACAAAUAAUAAAAAAAACUACUACAUAGAAAGAUCUUAUCUAAAUACAUUGAAUGGUAAAUGCAGAAAAAUUGCUGACAAUAAAAGAUUAACAACUGGAGUUUAAUUUCAUGAGAAUCUUGAGAACUAUACCUUUAAAUUCCCGCCCAGUGGUUUUCCGUCAGUCUGUGGAGUGUGCAUCCAGGCGGUACAGGUUCGCUGUGGGGCAGGAACCUGUACUCAGCAAUCGCCGAGUACAGGUAAAUGUUGACUUUAACUGAGCAGCACGCUUGUCCGUUUGUAGAAACGCUAAGUAGAUGCUGAUGUUUAAAAAGGAAGCAUAUUCACUCCAAAUAAAAGGCCUGGUGAAUACUCUGUAGAUACUGUAAGUCCCCGUCAUGUAUCAUGCAGCCAAUGGGAUGUUUUAUUUUACUUUGUGUUACUAAUGUCUACUUGUGAUUCUCUAAUUAUUAGGGGGCGUUUACUUAAAUAACCCAGAUGUGUUGUCGACUUGACAGCGGGUCUGCAGAACAGUAUUUGCAUGCUGUAAUAUAAUUAAAGAGAGGGAACAGUUUAGGGACGCCCUUAACCAGUACGAAUACUAGAAAGAAGCUCCGCCCGACAAAUGGAGGCGUAACUCGGCCUUCUGUUGUGGACUUUGUUUUUAGGCUCAAAAGGUCAAAAUCAACCUGAACUUUUGAGGUUAAUUAACCUAAAUGACAUAUUUUGUGUCAAUAGGUUUCUCAUUGAGAUCUGGAGCAAAUGAUCACUCUUAUGCGUAUUCUUCAAAUAUUCAUGUCACUCUCCGCUCAGCCUGUAUCCUUUUCAGUCUUGUAAAGCAAAAAGGGGAAAAGUGUGUGUGUGUGUGACCAGUGUUUUUAAUACACAUUUCACUCCGUUUUGAUCAGGCUUAUGACUGGUAUAGACUUUGAUUCAUUUUUUUUGUUGGUGUUUAUUCCAAAAAUAAAGCUGAUUAGUCAUUUUGGUGACGGUUCAAACAGGUUGUAAUCUUUGCCCCCUCACUGUUAACGGCUUGUAGCAUUCACUCUUUACUCUGAGCUCCUUUUAUUGUUUGAACAUUUCUUUUGAAUAAACGGUUAACUCUGAAAAAAA